CGAACGAUCUCUCCCGGCGAGGUGCGCGACGUUGGCCAGCUCGCUCGCUCAGCUCGGUCGGUCGGACGGGAGGUUUCUCCGCGUAACGAACUCCGAGUCGGGAGGCAAAAGUGUCGUCUCAUCGCCGCCGCCGCCGCGCGAGGCUCGAACGUCGCGGCGUGAAGGAAGCGAGACGCGGCAUAACGCUCGUCGCGGUCGCUCAUAUCCGCGCGCGAACCCGUCCCGGGGUUCGAAUCGUCCGCCUCGAAUCGCCGCGGCCGUGUGUAUGCGUCGUCUAUGUAUGUAUGUAUGUAAACGUGUAUACGCGGGAUCUGUCACUUGUCAAUUUUUGCGGCCUGAGGCCUCCUGCCCGCCUCGCUCGCGGUCUCGCAGCUGAUCCGCGCUGUCAGCGCGACUCCGAUCCGCGCCCGAGGGCCAAGCGCCGACGAUAACACACGGAGAACGGAGGUGCGGAGCGGCCGCCCGCCGCCUGUCAGAGGAGUGUCCGCCAGGCAUGCGUGUGCGACGCGCGCACGACUCCACCGCAGGCUGAUCAGUGUGGCAGGCUCGUGCGCGGAUUUUGAGGUUAUUUCGAUCCCGUGUAACUGACCUACACCCGGCCGCGCCGGAAAGCCGCGGAUCUUUUAUUUCCACUCCGGCGCUCCGAGAGAUCGCUCGCCUUCCCCGAGAGGACUCCUUUCGCGGUUCCCGCGGCGAAUUAACGCGGUGGACGAGUGUCCUGGACCGUCGCUGGACUCCGUACUCUAACCUUAAAAACUGGAGCACGCGACUCGCUCGCGAUGCGUCUCGCGUGAACGUGCACCGCCGCCUGUUCUUCGAGAAAAUUCUUCGUUUACGUGGGACUGUCUUUGUGCUACUCGCGCGUAAUGUCAAUCAACAUUUCGCGGAAUUGCGUCAUCGCCUCCUCAUGACGGCGAGCCUGUCGGUUGGAUUUAAUAGGGACAGUGAAGCAAAGUGCGACAACGUGUCGAAAUCCGUAGGAAUCUCCGUUUUCGCGUGAUUUUGUACCCGAGAGCCGAGAGCAGGAGCAGCAUCAAGAUGCUGUGCAUCAAGAAACUGUAUCGGGAGGAGCUGCUGCAGCUCGCGUUGCUGCUCUCCCUGCUGCGCGUGGAUCCGGAGUCCUAUUUGGGCCUGGACAUCCAGACCAUCGGCGUUGGAUCCCUGGAUCUCCACAACGGUUCCGGAUGGCACACGGACCACACGAUUGUCCAUCGCCCGAUGUUCGUCCAUCCGAAGAAUCCGGAUUCCAUGCUUCUGAAUUACCAAAGGGAUCUGUUCGAGGAGCUCAACUCCUUGGGCAGAUACAACAGAAUGAAUUCGGGCCUCAAUGCCAUACACGCUUAUCUGCUCAAUGUCGAGGAGUCUAAUAGAGAUGCGACAGUGGCGGGUCCCAGCUUGUCAGUUUCCACUAACACAACCAGGAACAUGACGUCUCCCGAUCCACCAACUUCCACCCAGAGUCCUGCAGAGCCAGUUGGCGCAGCGGAACUCACUCAAGAGGAUAUGGACCUAAUUGAGGUUCUCUGGAAGCAGGAUGUGGAUCUGGGAUUCACGCUGGUGGAGCCGGCCACGACGCCCACCAAAAAGCCGUCUACAUCGGAAAAAGAAUCAGCGGACGAAAUCGAGAAGCUGAAAGCUUUAGAAGCUAUUAAUGCCACCUAUCAGAAGGAUGAUGCCAAGGAGUCCGAGCCGCAGGAAGAUGAUCCAUGGGCAGGACUGCCUUACACCGUAGAUCUUGAAACUGGCGAAUACAUUCUCAGCUCCGGCAGUCAGAACGGAAGUGGAAGUAGCAUCGUCGAAGAGGACGAUCCGCUUCUCAACGAAGCAUCGUUGGCUUUAGACAAUCAUCCCUUGGCUGACUUAACCGGUGAUUCUCUGGGUUUAAACGACACUCUAGAACUCGAGCAUGACUUUACUUCAGAUUUGCUCGGAGGCAGUCUCUUGGCAAGCGCCGGCGUAGAACAUCUGCUUAACAACGAUACUCUAGGCUUGCCCGACGAAUUUAAUCUCGAGGCGGCGCUUCAGCUCGUUGGCCUCGAUGAGGCUCAACCAGAGGAAACGAAGUCGGAAGUGAAGAAGAAGAAGAAAGAAGACACCGCCGACGACUCCGCGAGUGCAGAGGGCGACGCGGCCAUUACCGCCUCGAGUAACGUCGAGGUCGCAAAGUCAUCCAGGUGCGAGGAUCCCGAGACCGGCGACAUGAUUCACACACCGCAGUUUCAUCAUCCCCAUCAUCCACACCACCGCUCCUUCCAGGGUCGCAUGCCGUUUGUGCGAGCGAUGAGCAUGGAACAGCGGUGGCAGGAUCUCGCAUCUCUCUUAUCCCUCCCGGGAGGACCGGAUCACUUCGCACAUCCAGCGCAUCCUGGAUAUCCAGGACACGGUAUAAGUCACAGUCAUUACGAGGCGCAACGUAAUGUAUUGCUCCAUAAUCCUACCUUAGCGCCUCCGGUCGGGGAUCUCAAUUCAACAGGACCCUACCAUAAUGUGGGUGGGUCGUCGAAUUUGGGUUCAGCUGUGGCAACAUCGAUGAAUUUGACAAACAGUAGCGAGCCAAUGGGUGCAGAGAGCGGCGCGAGUUACAAGUCUGAACCUAACGAUAUGAUGUAUUAUCACGCACCGGCGACAGAUUCCAUAAACCAAACCACUGACGGAUUUCUUUCGUCCCUACUCAAUGACGAGGAUUUGCACUUAAUGGACAUGGCCAUGAGCGACGGCAUGUACACCAUGCGCAUGUUGGACAAUGGUAGCAACAAUGCAUCCGGACCGACCGGUGCAGCGGCCUUGCCGGGUGUCCCGACAACUGGCGGCACAACUUCGACGGCCACGGGUGUUACGACUCUACCUGGUGUAGCCGAUGAAAGGAUGGAUGCUUCAAGUGAUAGCGCUGUCAGUAGUAUGGGUAGCGAGCGCGUACCAUCUCUAUCGGACGGCGAAUGGAUGGAAACUGGAUCCAAUUCCAGCCAUACUCAGGCCGACUCCCAUUACACCAUGGAUUACGCAAGCAAAUAUCGUAUGCCAUACGACUGCAACUACUCAGUGUCCGCGAGAAACGCCGGCUCGCCGAGAUGCCAAGCAGAACGAGCGGUACCACCAGUCGCACAGAAGAAACACCAAAUGUUCGCCAAGCGAUAUUUCCAGGAACAAGGCACUUGGGCUACCGCACAUCCGACCACUCCGAUGAAAUAUGAUUAUGAUACUCAUACAGUUGGUGCGGGUGCACCGGGAAAUACAUAUUCUGGACCAAUCGAAGGUGCGGCCGGGCCACAGCCAGAAAUGAAAUAUAGCUGCAGUGUGGAUUUCAGCCGUCAUCAAUCCGGACGAUCUGUAAUAGAACAUGUUCAUCACAAUCACACCUAUCAUUUGCCCGCUGAGAGCUCAGGAUCUCUUCAACGUCCCAUUUCCCGUGACAAGAAAGUCCGCAAAAACGAAGCAGAGGAGCAUCUAACAAGAGAUGAGAAGAGAGCAAGAGCAUUGAGUGUACCGAUUGCAGUCAGUGACAUCAUCAACCUUCCCAUGGACGAGUUUAACGAACGUCUCAGCAAAUAUGAUCUCAGCGAAGCCCAACUAUCUUUAAUACGCGAUAUUAGGAGACGAGGCAAAAACAAGGUUGCCGCACAGAAUUGCCGUAAACGCAAAUUGGAUCAAAUCAUAAGUCUAGCUGAUGAAGUGAAAGAGAUGCGAGAUCGUAAGUUGAGGCUCAUCCGCGAGCGCGAGUUUAUGCUCAUCGAGAGACAGCGGGUGAAAGACAAAUUUAGCCAACUUUACCGUCAUGUUUUUCAGUCUUUACGGGAUCCGGAUGGUAAUCUGUACCAUCCGUGCGAAUACAGUCUUCAACAGUCUGCAGAUGGGAACAUCUUGCUAGUUCCCAGAAAUCAGACGAAUCCGCAUCAGUCGCGACAGUCUUCGAUGGAGCCGAAGACUAAACCCGAUCCUGAGCACAAGGAAUGAACUGCUAAAGGAUUGUAUACGAUGUGAUUGAUUUAAUUGAAAAACUUUUGUUUUUCUUGGGCAGCGCGUCCAAAGCGUAAUGAAAGCGAACACGGGCAGCGAAUAUUAUACGCGUUAUUAGAUUUAUUGCGUAUAAUUCGAAAGAGUAGCGUUCAUGGUUUUAGACCUGACACACCUCGCACUGUGUCCAAAUAAACAACGAAAUUCGUCAAGGAUACCGGCUUACGAAUCGCGACUACGUGAUUUUUGGCAGAUGACUUUUUAACACAUUUAGAGAUUUUAGUAGGAAGAAAGAUAGGAUUAAUUAUUCUAAUGGUGGUUUUUGUGUGCAUGGGUGAUGCUACAGUUUUCAGUUACUUUGACUACCCGUGUUAAUACAUUUUCACAUCUAAAUAUCAUAACUUCAUGCAUUUUCUUUUCAUUUUUAUAAUCAAAGAUUUUUAUAUUACAGAAAGUAGAGCAUCGGGUAUCAUUGUAUUUGUUUGUAUAUAUAAUGUAUCUUGUCUGUUGUGACUGUCUUUAAUAAGAUCAAUAAUUAAUAAUAAAAUAAAAUCGAAAGCUUCAUGAAUUUCCUAUGCUUUAUUUAAGCUACGUAGAUGAUCUUAAAAUAUGUUUCAUGAGUUUAUACUGGCCUUAUAGCGACAUAUAAUACUACUCGUGAAAAAAUAAUGGAAUGUGUUAUAGUAUGCGAGUUUCUCUGUGAUUGCCUAAACCAGGCCUGCAGCUGGUUUGCCCUUUUCAGCCGAUCUUGCUUGCUAUUCCUACUUCUCUCGUUUCGUAGCAUUUCGGCUGUUCGCGGAGAUGUAAGGGCUCGAGGACAGUAUUAACUACAAAUUGUAUAGAGUUAUUAUUAUUAUUAUGUACAUUGUGUAUAUAUAAUUAUAUAGGUGUAUAUAAUAUAUACACACACAUAUAAUAUAUAUAAUAAUAAUAAUAAUAACUCAAUAAACAGUGAACAACGCUCAGGGCAAUACGCACCAAAGUCCCAUACGAUUUAUAACUAAUACCAUUCCUGAACUCGAGUGUUACAUCUCCGCGAGUAGCAUAGAUGUUACGAAAUAAGAGAAGUGGGAAGAGCAGUGGACAAUAUCGGCCGAAAAAUGGAAACCGGCCUAGCUGCAGACCUAGCCUAAUACAAAUCACAAUGUCUAUAGCGUUAAAAAAAAGAUUACAACUAUUAAUAUACGUAAAUAGUAAGAAAACGUAGUAAGAUGGUUAUAUUGUGGAAUCACGCACGAGAACUGUUGUGUCACCAUAAUUAAAGCAACUCUAAAUUAACAUCUAAUUCCAAUUACUAUUCUUCCUGCUUUAAGCGUAAAAUAUGCUUGUCAUCUUCUUAAUAUACGUACACGUGUAACACACGUUGACACACGUACAGUGAUAUAUUAUACAUUCAAAAAGCUCAUUUUUUUACAUUCGCGAAACAGAUUUUAUCACGUUUCGAUAUCAUUAUUUUUAUGAAUUGUAUCUAUGAUUAUGACAUAUAUGAAUUGAAUUAUAUAUUUCAUAGAUAUAGAAGCACAGACGAUUGCGUUGAAUGUAUCCAGUGAUUUUUAUCUAUUCAGUUGAUUGUGUGUGAUUAUUAUUGUUAGCGGUAUACUUAAUUGCCAAAAUUAUGAUACACAUUCAUGAAUAAAUAAUGCUCACUGUCGCAAGCAAAACGCUACGGCAUUGAGUACGUCAUCUGCGUGUGACAGUGUUAGUAAAACAAAUGUUUAAUCACACGCGUAUGUAUUAUUAAAUAAAAAUUUGUUGUGUUAUAUGAACUUAGAAAAUACGCAUGAUUUGAAGCGCUUACAGUUUCAGAAGUGGUAGCGUUAUGGAUAAUAAUGCAAAAUUGUAAUUAAUGUAAUGCAAAAUUGCAUUUAAUUGCGGACAAAGUAGGGGGCAAAGCGAUAAAAGGCAAAUGAUUGAGGCAUUAGUGGGAUACAGCAAACUUGCAGUAACUAAUCUCCGAACCAUUUUGUGUUCCAUAUAGAAAGCAGCUUAAACAGAUACCUUAAAUUUCACUCCAUUCAGGUAGACUACAUGCAAAACACAUUGUAAUGUAUAUUACAAAUAAUAUAGUAAAUAAUACAAGUAUGUGAAUAUACACUUACUGCGACACGUUGUAAUGCUACAAUAUAUUAAGAAUAGCAUUCAUUGAAAUACGAACAAACAUAAUAAAAACACAUAUUUUUAUAAAGUAAAGAGAUGAGAAAUGUUCAGGUAUUUCACAUUUGCCUUUUUAUGUAUAUAUUAAUGUAGCUAGUAUAAUUUUCUAUAAAUAUUAUAUAUA